UAGAAAGGCUUCCCUCCGCCUUCUCAGCAAGUACAGAAGCCGGGAAGGUCCGGUGCAGCCAUGGCGGCGCACCUGAAAAAGCGGGUGUAUGAGGAGUUCACUAAAGUGGUUCAGCAGCAGCAGGAGGAAAUUGCUACCAAGAAGCUCCGAUUAACAAAACCAAGCAAAUCUGCCGCCCUCCACAUAGACCUGUGCAAGGCCACCUCCCCAGCAGAUGCUCUGCAGUACCUACUCCAGUUUGCCAGGAAGCCUGUAGAGGCAGAGAGUGUGGAGGGGGUAGUCAGGAUUCUCUUGGAACAUUAUUACAAGGAAAAUGACCCAUCUGUGAGACUGAAAAUCGCAUCGCUCUUGGGAUUAUUAUCAAAGACGGCAGGAUUCUCUCCAGACUGCAUAAUGGAUGACGCCAUUAACAUACUGCAGAAUGAAAAGUCUCAUCAAGUGCUAGCUCAACUAUUAGACACUUUGCUUGCAAUUGGCAGUAAACUAGCAGAAAAUCAAGCUACCCAAGUGCGAUUAGUGGAUGUGGCAUGCAAGUUACAGCUCCAUGAAAGAGGACUGAAGUUACACCAAACGAUUUAUAAUCAGGCCUGUAAAUUGCUCUCUGAUGACUACGAGCAGGUGCGCAGUGCUGCAGUCCAGCUUAUCUGGGUUGUCAGCCAGCUCUAUCCUGAGAGUAUAGUUCCAAUACCUUCUUCUAAUGAGGAAAUCCGUCUAGUUGAUGAUGCAUUUGGAAAAAUUUGUCACAUGGUCAGUGAUGGCUCCUGGGUGGUUCGUGUUCAAGCUGCAAAGCUAUUGGGCUCUAUGGAGCAAGUUAGUUCUCAUUUCUUGGAGCAGACUCUUGACAAGAAACUGAUGUCAGAUCUGAGGAGGAAACGCACCGCACAUGAGCGUGCCAAGGAACUUUACAGUUCAGGGGAGUUUUCCAGUGGCAGGAAAUGGGGAGAUGAUGCUCCCAAGGAAGAAAUAGACACAGGGGCCGUGAACCUGAUAGAGUCAGGAGCGUGUGGAGCCUUUGUUCAUGGGUUAGAAGAUGAAAUGUACGAGGUUCGCAUUGCUGCCGUGGAGGCUCUGUGUAUGCUAGCCCAGUCUUCACCCUCUUUUGCUGAAAAGUGCCUUGACUUUCUAGUUGAUAUGUUCAAUGAUGAAAUUGAGGAAGUGCGUCUGCAGUCCAUACAUACCAUGAGAAAAAUCUCUAACAAUAUCACCCUCCGAGAAGAUCAGCUUGAUACUGUCCUGGCUGUGUUAGAGGAUUCAUCCAGGGAUAUUAGAGAGGCUCUUCAUGAACUCCUAUGCUGUACUAAUGUCUCAACAAAAGAAGGGAUUCAUCUUGCACUGGUGGAGCUUCUAAAAAACCUAACCAAGUACCCUACUGACAGAGACUCCAUAUGGAAGUGCUUGAAGUUUUUGGGCAGCCGGCAUCCGACCCUCGUGCUUCCUUUGGUGCCAGAGCUCUUGAGCACUCACCCAUUUUUUGAUACUGCUGAACCAGACAUGGACGAUCCAGCUUACAUUGCAGUUUUAGUUCUUAUCUUCAAUGCUGCUAAGACCUGUCCUACAAUGCCAGCACUCUUCUCAGACCACACCCUCAGGCACUAUGCCUACCUCAGAGACAGCCUUUCUCAUCUUGUUCCUGCCUUGAGGUUACCAGGGAGAAAACUGGUGUCCUCCACUGUCCCCUCUAACAUCAGCCCUCAUGAAGAUCCUUCUCAGCAGUUCCUGCAGCAGAGCCUUGAAAGGGUGUAUAGUGUUCAGCACCUGGACUCUCAGGGGGCCCAGGAGCUGCUGGAGCUCACCAUCAGAGAUCUGCAAAGACUUGGAGAGCUUCAGUCUGAAUUGGCAGGGGUAGCUGACUUCUCUGCCACCUAUCUUCAGUGUCAACUGCUCCUCAUUAAGGCCUUGCAGGAGAAGCUGUGGAAUGUGGCUGCCCCCUUGUACCUAAAGCAGAGUGAUUUGGCCUCCGCAGCAGCAAAACAGAUCAUGGAAGAAACCUACAAAAUGGAGUUUAUGUACAGUGGUGUGGAAAACAAGCAGGUUGUGAUCAUACACCACAUGAGGUUGCAGGCCAAAGCUCUGCAGCUCAUAGUAACUGCACGAACUACUCGAGGAGUUGACCCCUUAUUUGGAAUGUGUGAAAAGUUUUUACAAGAAGUGGAUUGUUUUCAGAGGUGUUUCAUUGCGGAUUUGCCCCACCUUCAAGAUAGCUUUGUGGACAAACUCCUUGAUCUUAUGCCCCGACUCAUGACAUCUAAACCUGUAGAAGUGAUCAAAAUUCUGCAGACAAUGCUGCGGCAGAGCACCUUCCUACAUCUUCCGCUUCCAGAGCAGAUCCACAAAGCCUCAGCCACCAUUAUUGAGCCAGCAGGAGAGUCAGACAACCCUUUGCGGUUUACAUCUGGGUUGGUGGUAGCCUUGGAUGUGGAUGCAACCCUGGAACAUGUGCAAGACCCCCAGAACACUGUCAAGGUCCAGGUCUUGUAUCCAGAUGGCCAGGCUCAGAUGAUCCACCCCAAGCCAGCAGACUUCCGGAAUCCUGGCCCAGGGCGGCACCGUCUCCUCACUCAGGUGUACCUCUCCCACACUGCCUGGACAGAACCAUGCCAAGUGGAAGUGAGGCUAUUGCUGGCCUACAACUCCGGUGCACGAAUUCCAAAAUCUCCAUGGCUGGAGGGUAGUGAGAUGUCACCACAGGUGGAAACCAGCAUCGAGGGCACUAUUCCCUUCAGUAAGCCUGUGAAAGUCUACAUAAUGCCCAAGCCUGCAAGACGCUGACCCACAAGCAGUCGUCACAGCCAUGGCCUAGAAAUCCUUUUCAGGCACCAGCGAGCCGAAGCCUGGAGCUUCACCUGGAAGUGGUGUGUAUGGAUAGGCGGGAAGAGCAUGUCGACCUUACAACCUUAUUUCAUACCACACACAGGAUCAAUCAUUUCUGCAUUAAAACCAGAAAUCUUCUGUUUUAUUUCCUCCAUUCCCAUAAUAAAGUUGACAAAACACCUA